AAAAAAACCAAUUCUAUUCUAGACAAAUAAUGAAAAAGAGAAAGAGGUAGACAAAACAAUGGAAGAGUAUCUUUUACGUAUUUUUCUUCACGUCUCUUCCUCAUUGUUUCUCCUUGAGCAUUGGAGAGGCCAUUAUGCCCAAAGGGAAGAAGCGCACACCACCUCUGCCAAUACGUGCGCUUCUUCUCCUUCCAUCGAAUUCAUGCAUCUAUCCAUUCUUAAUCAAUCUUUUAAUUAACACCGUUUGAAAUAUUUAUUUGAUUAAUUAAUUAAUUCUCGGGUGAUCAUAGCUGGCUCGGAGAAGCUUGAUCGAUAAUGAGGCUGUGGAAAUUGGCUUUUGGUGCGCUCAAAGAUCAAAACAGCAUAUUAUUAGCUAGUCUUGCAAGAAGAACCGCCCUCCGACGCCCUGAAAUUGAAGCCGCCGUCAUCAAAGCAACCACGCACGACGAAUACCCUAUCGAACAAUUGUAUGUCGAUAGGGUAUGCGACUGGAUCCGUCUAUCUCCCGUCGCGCAUCUCCGAAUCGUCGUGUGGGCGAUCGCGACCCGAUUGGAAAAGACGCGGAGUUGGGUUGUCGCCCUCAAGGGGCUUAUGCUCAUGCACCGUAUCCUCCGCUUGCACGUUUCCUCCGCUGAUGGAACCGGUCGGUUCCCGUUUGACCUCUCUGGGUUCACGGACGGGCAUUCCAGUCCCGAGAGAAUGUGGGCCCAAAAUGCGUUCAUCCGCUCCUAUUUUGCAUUCCUGGACCAGAAAUCCUCAACGGACAAGGAUGCCCGUCCGUGUGGGGCACGUGGUGCACAUGGCGGGUUGAUCAGGGCUUCGGAGUCCAAUUAUUCUCCGAGCCCAGUAUCAACCGCCAGUAGCAGCCGUGAAACAACUUCGAAAAAAACCCACCUAAGCCUCCAUCUCUCCUCUUUCUCAAUCUCCGAAGACCUCGCUGCUCUUGAGAGUCAGCAAAGGUUGCUCGACGCUUUGCUGCAAGUAAUGCCGCUUUCGUCUGAGCUAGCGGCGUUACCGCUCGUCGUAACGGCCAUGGAAAUGGUUGUUUUCGAGGUCUAUGACGUUUACCGUCGGAUAUGCAGCGGAGUGGGGAAGGUUUUGUUGCGGAUAUACACGGCAGAGAAGGCGGAGGCUAUGGUGGCGCUACGGGUGGUGAAGAGAGCCACCCUCCAGGACGGAGAUCUAGUCGCAUUCUUCGAGCACUGCACCGGACUCGGGUUGAUCCACAACCUCCAAUGCCCAAAAGUGAAUGAAAUCCCAGAGGGCGACAUCCAGGAGCUGGAGGAUAUCAUCAAUGGAACAGCUUCUUCUAACUUUUCCCCAUCUUCCAAUUCCAGCCAAAACAAUAGUAAUACUCGAAGGUUGGCGAUCAUGGAGGCUAGUCAAGGACAACGGCGGGAAGAAAGAGAGGAGCCGGCGGUGGAGGCGAAAGGCGGAUUGCAAACAGUAAUUAUCACUGAUCGUUGGGAGACAUUUGAUGAUAAGCCUAUUUUAGAACCUACUCCGCCGUCCAUCACCACCGCACACGGUUGCGCUAACAGUAACUUUUGUGACAAGCAAGAACUGCCGGAUCUCAUAAGUUUCUAAGGAAAUCUCAGUUUAGAUAUGUUGUUUACGUUCAUAUACCAAACUCUAUAAUACGAGUGCAUGUAAUUAAAAGUAGGGUGAGUUUUUGUACAUUAAAUACGG